ACUCAUGAACAUCACCUAUAAAUCUGUACGAAAAAGUGGUUAUUAAUUUAUAAUUUUAUUUAUUUAGUAUGUUAACUGUAUUCUUUAGUUAGUUGUAUUCCAGCUAUGACUAACUUUUUGGUAGGGUAAAUUAAAAUGUAUGAAAAAUGGUAUGAAUUUUUAAGACCCUAACUUUUUGUUAUACUUCUUUUGGAAGGUUCAAGUUUUACUAGAGAAGCCAGGCUAACAGCAAACUCCCAAACUGCCACGGUACGCACGCUGUGUUUUGAAAGCAUCUCUGUUUUGACUAUUGACUCACUGAGGAAACGUUUGCACAAGGGUCUUGCGUAUUAUUGUUGCUGAAACAUGGCUCUCUGAGUCUGAACCAAAUCCCGGCGUAACAUCUACUUUGUGCCGAACAUCUCAAUAGAAAGCUCGGAAAAGAUGUGACUUGGUAAACAUAAACCGUUCAUCUAAAUUUUGGUGGCGUUGCCAGCUAUCCCUCCCUCUCCUCGCGUCUAUCCUGCUCUCACUUUCAUCAACAUCGCGCUGCGCACAGCACGUGCCGGUUACGCACUCUCUCCGUCCACACCGCUGAGCCUCUCGGACUCUACAAUAUGUCACGGACUUUUGGGACAGUCUUGAAAUGACUGAACCUCGGGCACGGCUUUGAAUUCAUCUCUUACGGACCGGCUCUGCUCCUCCCCAAAGAACCGGAGUGAGUGUCGCGCGCCGGAGGGGGAAAACCGGGCAUGUGGUUUACUUCUAAACAUUUCUGCUGUGUGAUUAGACAGUAUUUGCCAGGAAACCUCGAGUUAUGGGAUGCGUUGGGCUUUUUUGUGACGCUGGAUGUAUUCCAAAACUUCUGAGUUAUUAAUUCGCACGUUAGUGUCUCACCAUGAAGUGCUCAUCGUCCAGUUACGAUUUAAGAUGAAAACUGAGCUGAAAUAUUCAUAUCUAUGUAGAGCCAGGGCUUUAACGGACGUGUCUUUGUGAUUAUAGUGACCUUAAAUGAACAGUAAUAACAUGUGGACGCGAUCUGUGAGGCUUUUCAACUGUUUCACCCGAGUAAGCCACGUUUAUUCACUUAGGUUGUUAGAAUGAGCAUUUUGUCUUUUAAAGGGAUUAAAUGUUUAAUUAGUAAUUGAGUUAAAUGUCCUAAUACGUUAUUUUAUUAUUGUUAUUUGCUGAUUAAAACAAUUAAUUUUUGUUUGGAAGUGAUUUGAUAGAGUAAGUUUUACUGUAUAUUAGAGAUCAUUUUUAAAUCAGUAUUCACACGUUUCUAAUUAAUCAGUUAUCGGCUGAUUAACAUCGAAUCCACCAAUAAAUUCUAGUAGUUCUCUAAAAUUAGCAUUAAUUUUUAUGGUUAUUUGCAUAAAUUAUUCAACUUUGUAUGUAACAGAUAUUCAUUCUUAAGUGAAGUGUCAAUAUAUUUUGUUUGUCAAGAUUAGAUUUGAAUUUACAUUUUAUUAGUGAUCUUUGCAACUAAACUGGUUAAGGACAUGUAUUAUUAUUAAUAAUAAUAAUACAAAAUCACAGUAUGAAUUAUUAUUAAUAAUGCGUCAAUAUUAGUUAUAUUAUUAAUAAUACUGUUGUGUUUUUAUUGUAGCCUAGUUGAUAAUUAUUUUGCUAUCAUUGUGUUAAAAAUCAGAACUUAUCAAAAACAAACAGUUGUGCACAUCAGCUGUAGGACACUUAAACAAAUACAAAUAAUUGUUAUCGGUCAUUAGGAAAAAAUAAACAAUAUCGGUCAAUCUCUGCUGUAUAUGGUGCACUAGUUUGUGUGUCUAAACGCAAAAAUGUUAGGUAGCCCUUCAAAUAACGGAGGCAUUAGGAUGCUGGCCCCCCCUGCAUCCAAUGAUGACAGGCGGGUUGAGUUUGUGGCUCUCACGGCUGUUGACACUGAAAGAAGCGAGCCGUCGACCCCGGAGCGCGGACACCCAUCUCACCGCACCGGCUUGCUGGGCACACCGCUGCCAGUGCCACCGGGCCCGAGGGCGACCCCUUCUGCGUCCAGCAAAAGCUACAGAAAGUUACAGAACUGUCUGUACAAUGUGCUCGAGAGACCAAGAGGAUGGGCAUUUAUCUAUCAUGCCUUCAUUUUUCUCCUAGUGUUCAGCUGUCUGGUGCUUUCUGUUUUCUCCACCAUUCCAGACCAUCAUAAAUUUUCCAAUGAGGCGCUCUUCAUCCUGGAGUUUGUGAUGAUUGUGGUUUUUGGGCUGGAGUACUUUGUGAGGAUCUGGGCUGCCGGUUGCUGCUGCCGGUACAGAGGAUGGCAAGGUCGGCUACGGUUCGCCAGAAAGCCCUUCUGCGUAAUAGACUUCAUUGUCUUCGUGGCAUCACUGGCAGUGAUAGCAGCGGGCACACAGGGAAAUAUCUUCGCUACAUCUGCUCUGCGCAGCAUGCGGUUUCUGCAGAUCUUGCGCAUGGUGCGCAUGGACCGCCGUGGAGGAACCUGGAAGCUACUGGGUUCUGUGGUGUACGCUCACAGCAAGGAGCUGAUCACAGCCUGGUACAUUGGCUUCCUGGUACUGAUCUUUGCCUCCUUCUUGGUCUAUUUGGCAGAGAAGGAGGAUAACCAAGAAUUUUCCACUUAUGCUGACUCCCUCUGGUGGGGAACAAUUACCCUCACUACGAUUGGAUACGGAGACAAGACACCACGCACAUGGCAAGGUCGGCUUUUAGCAGCUUGUUUUGCCCUGCUAGGAGUGUCCUUCUUUGCCCUGCCGGCUGGCAUCCUGGGUUCAGGUUUUGCUCUGAAAGUGCAGGAGCAGCACCGGCAGAAACACUUUGAGAAGAGGAGGACACCCGCUGCCAACCUCAUACAGGCUGCAUGGCGUCUCUACUCUACAGAUGCUCAGCACUCAUAUCUCACAGCCACCUGGUAUUUCUAUGACAGUAUGCUUCCGUCCUUUAGAGAACUGACAUUACUGUUCAGUCACCUCCAACGGCAGCGUAGCACCAAGAAGGUUCUUCACAACUCCUACCACACCUUGCUGUCGGGGCUCCGGCCGUAUAGCUCCCCCUACCUGUCCGGGGACAGUGGGAAGAUUGGCUUCCGUGACCGAAUUAGGAUGAACAAUUCACGCUCCUCUCAGGCUAUCCGGAGCAAGGCUUCUCCUUUGCCCCCAGGUAAUGUGCGGUGCUCCCCCAGCACGGAGAACAUUCCAGAAGCCACCAGCCCCAGCAAGGUCCAGAAAAGCUGGAGCUUCAAUGAUCGGACACGAUUCCGUACUUCUCUCCGACUAAAACCACGUCCGGCUGCAGAUGUUGAGGGAGUUGGAGAAGAGCACACAGAGGACAAAUCUUACUGUGAUGUCGCCAUGGAUGAUGUGAUACCAGCAGUGAAGACCCUAAUUCGAGCUGUUAGGAUCCUUAAAUUCCUUGUGGCCAAGAGGAAAUUUAAAGAAACCCUGCGGCCAUAUGAUGUAAAAGAUGUGAUUGAGCAGUAUUCAGCAGGACACCUCGAUAUGCUGGGCAGAAUCAAAAGCCUGCAGACGAGGGUGGAUCAGAUCAUAGGCCGUGGUGCUAUUCCAUCAGAUAAAAAAGUGAGGCCUGAAAAAGGGGAAAAAACUCCUGCUGAACUAGAACAGAUGGAUGAAUUAAGCAUGAUGGGACGUGUGGUGAAAGUGGAGAAGCAGGUGCAGUCAAUCGAAAACAAGCUGGACCUGCUCCUGAACUUCUACUCCCAGUGCCUGAAAAAAGGCUCAUCCCACUUCACCCUGUCGUCCCUGCUGGAACCUGACUUGACCUCUGACUACCACAGUCCCACUGAUCAACGUGACCUGUUCCCCUCUGCAAACACACUUAAUAUCUCCCACUCAGACAGUGGUAACAUGGAAUGACCCCCAGAAACACCCGGCAGCAGUCCCACUCUGGCUGUAGCAUCAGGGCAGCUCAUCCAAAGGCUAAAUACCUCCCUAAACUAACUUAGCACAGUUCCUCUUAACAA